CACGAGGAAAUUUAUACAAGCAAUCACAAGGAUGGCACGUACUAAGCAGACUGCCCGCAAGUCGACUGGUGGAAAGGCUCCAAGGAAGCAGUUGGCGACCAAGGCUGCUCGCAAGACAGCUCCAGUAACUGCUGGUAUCAAAAAGCCACAUCGUUACCGCCCCGGUACUGUUGCCUUGCGUGAGAUCCGCAAGUUCCAAAAGUCCACCGAGCUCUUGAUCCGCAAGUUGCCCUUCCAGAGACUCGUCAGGGAAAUUGCUCAAGACUACAAGACCGAUCUCAGGUUCCAGUCCCAGGCUGUCUUGGCUCUCCAAGAGGCUGCCGAGGCUUACCUUGUUGGUUUGUUCGAGGACACAAACUUGUGCGCUAUUCAUGCCAAGAGGGUUACCAUUAUGCCAAAGGACAUCCAACUCGCCAGGAGGAUUAGGGGUGAGAGGUCCUGAGUACAUUUGAUGGUGGAAUUUAUCUCCACAAUGUGCAUUUACUUUCACCACUAGAUCAUACACACACGCACGAUACUGGU